GAGCAGUCGGAGGGAGACCAGAAGCGCAAAGAGAGGUCUCUCCGUUGCGGUGUUGUUGCGGUGCAGCCAGCUCGUGCUCUGCCACUCCGCUGCUUCGAAGCCCCAGCUCGUCACACACUCAUCAUGGCUCGUGGUUUGAAGAAGCAUUUGAAGAGGCUCAAUGCGCCCAAGCAUUGGAUGCUCGACAAAUUGGGUGGCGCCUUUGCACCUAAGCCCUCUCCGGGACCUCACAAGGAGCGAGAAUGUCUGCCGUUGGUAGUUAUGCUGAGGAACAGGCUGAAGUAUGCUUUGACCUACCGCGAAGUAGUUGCCAUCGUUAUGCAGCGCCUCAUCUCCAUUGAUGGCAAGGUCCGCACUGACAAGUGCUACCCUGCAGGUUUCAUGGAUGUCAUCUCCAUUGCCAAGACCAACGAGAAUUUUCGUCUAUUGUACGACAACAAGGGUCGUUUCACCCUUCAUCACAUCAGUGCUGAGGAAGCUAAGUACAAGCUGUGCAAAGUGAGGUCUGCUCAGUUUGGAGACAAGGGUGUUCCCCACAUCACCACCUUCGAUGGUCGCACCAUCAGAUACCCAGACCCUCUUAUCAAGGCUAACGACACAGUGAAGAUCAACCUUGAGACAGGGAAGGUCGUUGAGUUUAUUAAAUUCGACGUUGGCAACAUUGUUAUGGUGACCGGCGGGCGAAACAGAGGGCGUAUUGGUGUUAUCCACCAUCGUGAGAAGCACAAAGGUAGUUUUGAUAUCAUCCAUGUGACAGACGCCACCGGAAACCAGUUUGCCACACGUAUGGGUAAUGUGUACACUAUUGGGCAGGGCACUAAGCCUUGGAUCACCCUUCCCCGCGGCAAGGGUAUUAAGCUAAGCAUUGUGGAGGAGGCCAAGAAGCGCAAAGCUACCCUUAAGCAAGCUGCUCAGGUUGUAUCCCCGGUCUUUUCUUGCAAUUUUGAUUUAUGCGUAUGGAGGUCGAUUUCUGUAUUUUUUGGAGAAAGUAAAACCUUCACGUUUUUCAAAUUCACACUUAAACUGGUCACGUUACUUGCCCGGACUUAGUUUAAGAUAGAAUGCAGUCAACCAAGUGAAAGAUUUUUCCAUUCCAUUUCAGAGUCUGUGCGAUUACUUAAAGACUAACCCAACUGGAGCAAAACUUGAAUUUCCACUGAUUUUAGGAGAACAAGGAAUAAACUUAGUCAUCCAGACUCAUUAUUAACACUUUCGCUAGCAUCAGUUCUAACACAACGUUGGAGGAGGUUAUCUCAAGUAAUUUCAGUUCAAAGACAGACAAUUUGACUUGAUGCUCUUCUACAAUUAAAGGAGGUCCAGACAUGAAGGCCAUGAAGUUGGAUCAAAAUCUUAUUUCAUAUGGACAUGGUCUUAGAAUUAGAAAAAACCCAUUUCAAGUGUAGGAUCCUACACUAGGGAGGUAACUUCUGGCAGUUGUGAGAUUUCCAACGAUGAUGACUCAGUGUUACCAUGCGUCUCGCAAGAUAUUAAUUGUUGUGGAUGUUUUGACUGCAGCGAAUGAAAAGUCCCAUAGGGGUGAAAUCUUCCUUACAUUCA